AUGGAUCUUUCGGUUCAGAAUAAAAUGAUCAAGCAUUUAGAAGAAAUAGAAGAAGCUGGUGAAAUGGUAUUAGCUAAGCAACAAGAAUGCAUAGUGUACGACAGGAAUCGGCAAAAAUCACGUGAAGCUGUGCGAAAGCUAAUGCAAUUGGAUUCAGAAAAUAAACAGUGGGCGUGCUUAUCUGACCAGUUCUUUCUGUUUCCAUCUGUUGGAUUAAGGAAAGCAAUUGAGGAGGAUAUUGAAGUUUAUGAUUCUGAAAUCCAGAAAUUAAAUCACCAAUUGAAGGAAGAUAUUAAUUGGUUACAUGAACUUGAAGGUAAAGAACCCCUCAAAGGAUUUGACUUGUUACCACUAAAAAAUUAA